UUUGGUUAGACUUACAUACAGUCUCAGUUCUCAGUUGAAUAUUUGUCUCACUCUCACCUGAUCAAUCAAAGCCUAACUUGAAUAUUGUAAAACAAGUUUAAGGUUAAGCCCAUUGGAUGGCUUGAUUGGAUUGAGAUUAAAUAAAAAAACAAGGAAAAAAAAAAAAAAUUGGAUCAUGGUUGCUUAUAAAAAUAAAAGGAAGGUUUUACAAAUAGGUUCUGAUGGUUUUUAUGCUCUGAACUUCUAAACAAAUGACCUCUUGAGAAUUCGAUUCAUGUAAUUGUUCAAUUCGAUACAGAUCGACGAUGGCUUGGAGGCAAAUGAUGUUCUUCCAUGGAAGAGCACUGUCUUCACUUUUGAAUUCGGUUGCUGGGUUCGCAAAUUAUUCAUCGAAAUCCACCCCAUACUUGGUGAAGGUUGGAAUACCAGAGUUUCUGAACGGAGUGGGCAAAGCCGUUGAGACCCAUGUAGAAAAGCUUGAAAAUGGGAUUGGUGACUUCCAGAAGCUGCUCGUCACACGAAGUCGCAAGCUCAAGAGACUUGGCAUCAUCUCCUGCAAACAUGUGGUAGUCCGAGUUGAAAUGAGGUCUAUACCUUUAAAAUGGAUUUAGGACACCCUUAGGAGACUGGUUCUAUUUGGAUUUCUAUGAGCAUAAGCCAGAAACUUACUUACGUAACUUGGUAGGGGAAAGGAUAUGUGAUCUUUCAUCUUUUAUUUGUUAGUAAUGGUGGAAAUAUUUAAAGUUACUUCUGGCAAGAAUAUUCUUAUUUUCUAGGAGCAAAAUGUGAAUUUGUGGAGUAGAAUUUGUUUUAAUCCAUGCUGAAUCAUUGUCAAAUUAUCAGCAUGUGAGUUUGGUUAUUUUUUUCCUGUUAUUUGUGAAAUGGUUGAUUGCUUUUAUCAUUUGGGUGACUUUAUUUUAGAUAACUCAAAGAUGCAAGAUGCUCACAAUUUAGAGCAAAAUCUGACAGUAUGUUAGAUUCUCGCAAUAUACGCAAAAUGCAAGAUGGCGUGAAAGAUGAUUAAUGUGCAAAAUAAUCUCAUUUCCUCCAUGAUCUGGAUCUUGCAACUGCAGCAUCAAAAUUUCUGUUGGGUAUGGGAUCCUUCCAUGGAUAGCCUACAUUUGUUCAGGCUACAAUGGCCCGGUAACAUGUAGCUUUUCUACUGGUAUUGUAGUUCCAUUCUUGCAGUCUAACUUUUAGAUCAUCCCUGUUAGGUGUUUUUUUUUUUUUUUGGGGUGCUUUCAUUUUUCUUAAGGAAGCCAUUAUUUAAAUUCAGCAUAUGGCUUCAGAGUAUGCUUAUGCUAAAGAUCUGUAUAGUUGCAUAUGCGUUACCCUGGGCUGAUGGUAAAACUCUCAAAUUUACUUUGUUAUAUUGCGAUCGUGUUAUCCUUCUUUGAGGCUUGCACGCCAACCCAUUCAAGGUACCAGUAGGUAUGAGCUUUUGGUUGUUGGAGAAAUUGUCUCACUGGUCAAACAUUGCUGGACAGCUUUAUAGUUAUAGUAAAGAUGGAUCUUAAUUGCCCAAGGCCCAGUAUAGAUCUUCUCUUGGCUUCAUGUCUACUGAAAUCUUUAUGCUGAUGGUUCUUUUGUAGUUUUCUAAAAAAAAAUUCUAUAACCAGAAAAUUAUAUGCAGGAUGACAUGGAAAAUUUGUUGCUUAUCAUUUUAAAACAGAGGACCAUCUGUGUCAAUUAUAGUUUCAAAGAUGCCAUUGCAAAUCAUUGUAGAUGCGAUCAUUUUGUUUGUAUUAUAUCAUUUUAUUAUGUGCGCAAUUAGGCAUUCAAGACAUUUUUUGGGUUUGAAUUGUUCUGUCUCCAAUCCAUUUAUGCUUCUUUCUAUUUCGGUUGUCCGAUUCUUGAGGACUCAUGGUGUUGGUAUAGUAGUUUGAUUGCCUUUUGAAUAUAGGUUAUAAUCAAAGAGAAAAAUCCUAAUAUCUGUCUCAGGAGUUGUUGGUGUUUUUAUUCUAGAUAUCAAUUACUCUGUUAUUUGUUUAGUCCAUCUACCCCAGCUGUAAACUAGAUCAGAAAUGUGCUACC